AUGAAUUUGGUGAACAUUGCGAAACAUCUUCUCCAUUUAACAAAAAUGGAAUUUGGUUCUGAAGAUUCAACAACAAGUGCUGAUGAAAUUUUCGCUUCUCAACAAUUAUUCGAAAUUUUAAAGUCAUUUAAAGAUAGCUGCUUCAGUGAAUCAUACACCGAUCAAACUCUCGAUUUUCAUGAUGAAUAUGACGAAAUUAUGGACGAAGAAGACAUCACUGAUGAAGAAGAAUCAAAUGAUGAAGAAGAGAAUAUUGUCGAUUACGAUGAAAAUCAAUCGUCAGACAUUCAAGAUAAUUUUACAUUAGAAGAGAUGGAAGAUAUUGUGGAAUGGGUUGAUCAACAUCCAAAUUACAAAAUCGCAACUAUUAAACAUUAUUUCCGAAAGGUCAAAUUGGACAAACUCAAACAAAUCAAAGAAUUCAUGUGGGACGAAUUUUAUAUGAAGAGAGCAAUUGAAAAAGAAGCAGUUCAUGAUAGUGAUCUGGAACUCUUUGCUAUUCAAAAAUCAAGAGAAUUAGGUUGGAACAAUUUCAAAGCAAGUUCAUCAUUCAUCAAGGUGUUCAAGAGAGAGUAUCAUAUUUCAUCAAGAAGAUACAAUAAACUGAUUACACGAAUUUCUUCAACAAAAAAAAUUUGUACCUGGAAAGAUGCUUAUGAUUGGAUCGAAGAAUGUGACACACUCUUAUACCAUGCAGCCUAUUACAUCAGCUAA